AUGAGAUCCUUGGGUGCGCCGGAUACGCCGGCGCAUCUCCCGGUGCAGCCUUGGGCCUCGCUCUUGAGCCUGGCGCUUCGACUCGCGUUCCCGCUUGCUUGCGCGGCCACAGUGCUGCUUGUGCUGAAGUGGCUCCGACCAACUCUCGCAAGCGACAGCAGAAGCGUAGCGCAGACGGCCUUGCAGUUUGCUGAAUCCUUGUGCUUGCCAGGCAGUGCAGUACCUGCCAUGGCAUUGAGCGGUGUUGCGUUCUUCAUGUUUGCUGCGCACCAGAGUGCCCGCGAGCCUUUUGCUAUGUGGUUUCCCUUGGUGGCCCUGAGUCUUUUGGUGCCUGGCACCAUUGCAGACAGAAUGGCCCAGCCCAAGAAGUCCGGCAAAGCCAUGCAGCACCAAGCAAUGCGCCUUCUGGCGUUUGUGGCCCGUGAAUGUGGCCAGCCAGAUGAGGUCAUCAAGCAGCUGGAGCAGGCAGCCACCCAGCACUGUUUGGAGAGCCUUCCUCCGAUUUCACCACAGCCCCUCGCUGCGUCAAAGUGGGGUCCUUGUAGCGGGUGGACUGAUGUGGAGUAUCAUACCUAUACAGAUCUGUACAACGACCUCCGCUCCCUUGAUUUCAUGAGAGACCUGAAGUUCUUCUUGCCUCAGCAGACAGAUGCCCGGCACGCUGUGGUUGGUAUUGAGAGUAUUCGCUGCGUUGCAGCAUCCUUCCCAGCGUCCGACUGGUUCUCGGCACAGGAGGACAAGCUCAACAGCUUGUCCAACGUCACGCUCAGUGUUCCCAAUACGGUAGAGAUUGCCCGACCAAAGGGCCUUUUGCCUAGCUACGUCCGCGGCUUGGAAGGUCCCAUGGAUGCCGCAGUCUUUGCAAAGCAGAUGUGCGUCGGCUUUCCGUGUCGCUCAUCGCUCGUGGAGCUGCUGCUGAUAUGGCUGCCGCUCUUGCUAUUGCGAGUGCUUUUCUUCUGCCUCGGGGCAGGAGCAUGUCUUCUGGCCUGGUGGAUUCCCCCACUGCGCCAUGGCUGGAGCAUCACGCUGAUGUUGAGCCUGUCUGCAGGUUUGCUUGUGAGCGGUCUCUUCCACUCCAUGACGGCACUGAUCACCAGGGCCGAGGCUUUGACAAAGCGAUUUACCAAACUCAAGACUCUGAACGCCACUCUCUGUGGCCAAAAAGUGGCUGCUGAACAUGUUCUUCCAGUGAUGCGUGUGGAGGUUCCGUCGGAUCUGCUUGUCUGGGCAGAAGUCCACGAGCUAUGCCUGGCACGCUACUCUGCGAUGCGGCUGACGAUGGACGUGGAAGUUGUUGCGGCAGCGGUGCUGACACUUCCGAUGUCUACUUUCAGCUUUGAUUUCAUGCACGCUUUGGAACAUGGCCUCCUCUACCUCAUCGCGCUUACCUUUCUGAUGGCGUACGUCACUGGUGCUGUGCCAUACUUUGUGGCCGGUGUCCUUGUCAACAAGGAGAAAGUGAGCUCAGUGAGGCUGCUCUCUCAUUUUGCUCUGCAGGGCCAGGUUGCACUGCAGCAGCCGGGCCUAGCGAAUCCGGGGCAGCAGCAACAAAUUCAGCGGACGGUGUCCAUGGCGAACCAGCUCUACCAGCGGACCCGCUUGGACUCAUCGCAGGAUGUGAAAGUCUUGGGCGUCACACUGACCACUGCCACAGCAUUGGCGAUCGCUGCAACGUUCAGUGCCUUUGUGGCAGUCAGCCGAAAAUUGCUUGGCCUUUGA